GUAAGUAUAAUAUAGCCUGCUAUAUCUCUGUUACCCCUCCUCUCCCCCAAAUUCCUCUCUAUAUUCUUUUUCGACAUAUGUACUUUUAAGCUACAACCAUGGUAUCAAGUCGCCCCCUGACAUGGCGGAUCCAGAGCAUCCCAGCGGACUUCACCAAAGAGCGGCUCAAGUCGUGCUUCCACAGCGACGACAGGAAGUAUAUCGAGGUCAAGUCGCUUGUGCCAGAUGUAACCAACUACGAUGCGGAUGGCACACUAACGGCAACAAUCCUCUUCUCGUCGCGGGAGCCAAGGGAGCCGCGAGCUGAGGAAAACUAUGACUUCGACAUAGACAAGGACUUUAUCGGCUUCACGCCGCUCAACAACCCAGAUAAAGAUGUCUACGCAGACAUUAUUGCAAUCACCGGCCUCGCCGGCCAUGCGUUUGGGUCUUGGGCGCAUAGCGGACAGAAGAUGUGGUUACGGGACUACCUGCCGCGAGAUAUCCAGAACCGGGCCCGGAUCCUCAUCUACGGCUACGAGUCGCAGCUGCAUGGUGCCAACACAGCAAAGAGCAUUAUCUCGGACUAUGGGAACAGCUUUAUCCAGAGCCUAAUGGAUCUAAGAGACCAUCCAUCCUGUAGAGACAGGCCCCUUAUCCUGAUUGGCCAUAGUCUCGGCGCCCUUAUCAUCAAACAGGCCAUCACCGAUCUAGAGCCCAGCAUCCGCUCACGCCUCCCAGUGCGCACCCUCAUCUUCUUUGGAGCCCCACACAACGGGCUAGAGGUGUCAGCACUGGAGACACUUGUCAAGGGCCACCCAACACAGACGCUGAUCAGCGAGCUCAAGCGCGAAUCGCCGACACUGACAGGUCUCUCAGAGCGAUUCCGGCACGUAGCCAAGGACAUGACAAUUCACACAUACUAUGAGUCUCGGGCGACUAGCACAGUGGCCCAGGGGCCAGACGGUCAGUGGGAGCGACGCGGAGAGGCAAAAGUGAUGGUGGAGCGGUCGUCGGCGCUGCUGAACUUCGAAGCCGAGAAGACGCGCAUGAAGGUCGACGGCGACCACAAGGAGAUCGCGCGGCUACGGCGCGGCCAGGGCGGUGUCUAUCCCAAUGUACUACACAUCAUCAAGGAGGCUCUGGUGAGCGCCUCAGACCAGUUCGCGGCGGCGCGGGCGGCGACGGCAGCCGAAACUGACGCGGGGGACAAAUGGGCGGACGAGCCGGAUUCUAAUGCCAACGACGACCAAAACACUGAUGAGGACACAGGGGACGAGGGCAUGGGGGAUUUUGACGACUACAACCUGAUAUGCGAUAACUGCUACGACGAGUUCCCUAAGACCCAGACGCACAAGCACUGCUAUAUCUGUGCUGAUGGCAACUACAACCUCUGUCGGGGCUGUAACGCCGACGGCACGUCGUGUCCAGGAGGGCACGACAUGGUCUCGCGAGAGCUGGAGCAUGACUCGGGUGAUGACGACGAAGAGGAGGGGGAGGAGGAUGACGACGACGAAAUUGUAGGUACGUGCGACUUUUGCGGUUGCGGCUUCAUAGACGACACUUCCUACUUCCGCUGCAUCCUCUGCAGUGACGGGGAAUUUUUUAUCUGCAUACCCUGCCGCAAGUCAGGCCGUAUCUGUAUUACGGGUCACAAGCUAUCGAAGCCAAAGAUCCCACGCGAUACUUCUAGUAACGGCACCGCUGAGGAAACACAGGAGAAGAUCAACUACUGCGACUUGGAUGGGUGCGAGUGCGAUCUACCCAGACGACCAAAGCCACCAUCUCCCAAAGUGAAUGCCAGGAAAACAGAGGCGGAGAUCGAGUACUGUGAAACGGCAGGGUGCGAGUGCAGCCUACCCAGACGACCAAAGCCACCGCCGCCUGCAGUGAACACAAAGGAAACAAAGGCGGAGAUCGAGUACUGUGACGUGGCAGGGUGCGAGUGCAGCCUACCCAGACGACCGAAACCAGCGCCGCCUGCAGUGAAAGCCAAGGGAAAAAAGGGGGAUACUAAGUACUGCGAGGUGGCAGGGUGCGAAUGCGAUCUACCCAGGCGACCAAAACCCCGACGCCUGUGGUAGAAGCUGCGAAUUACUGUACUGUCCCUGGCUGCAACUGUGGUGUUCCAAAUGUGAGCGGCUUGGGUGAGAAUCAAGUCGCCAAGUUCGCUCUCAAUUUAUCUAAAUAUCACAUUUGAGGCGGCAAGGGGCUUGGGUUCUACGAUAUGCCUUGGCACGAUUGAUAGCAACAAGAUUGGAAGCUUGUGCAUAGCGGGGCGUAGGGGAUGCAUAAUCAUUUUGAGUUUAGUCAUAUGUAAUUAUCCUUUACGUAUAGUGGCAUAUAAGAGGUGACGAGACGU